UAUAAUAGGUCUGUGUACUCACAAAUGUGGAUGUCGCCGUGGGGUUACACCGAAAAUUCCCGACCCGAUGACUUUGACGAUCAGAACAAUUUGCUGGCAGACGCGGUAGCUGCCGUGGUCGCUGCCUAUGGAACUAACUACACGCAUGGACCGAUAGCAAAUACGAUGUAUGUAGCAUCAGGAAACAGUGUGGAUUGGACAUAUGGUGCGCUGGGCAUUACAUAUUCAUACGCAGUGGAGCUUCGCGAUAAGGGCUGGUACGGAUUCUCACUUCCACCCAGAUUUAUAGAACCAACGGCCAUUGAAACAUUCGAAGGACUUAAAGUUGUUUUGAACCAUAUUUUGUAGUAUCAGAACUUGCGUCGUUUAAUAGAUAUUAUAGCUGGAAUUUAUCAUUUCUUCGAAGACACAUUGAUAUAUA